AUGGAGAUGUUCCUCGAGCUCAGGAAAACCUUUUCCCAGAAGAUCUUGCACGACUGCAUCUCUUGGCUAGCAACAGCGAGCACCUGUCCGUCUCGGCGUUGGUCGUCAGAUCUCCGUGUCUGCCGUCUCUCUCCUCCACCUGUGAAGGCUGAGUCCCCGGGGGCGUGGACGCGGGUGACCCCCGGCGGCGCGGGCAAUGGGUUCCUGCCCCUUCCCGGCCCCACCGUCCUUCUAGCGCAGCUGCGUGCGUGUGAGGCGUGGCUUCUCGGCCACCGGCUGGGAGCAAAGUCAGCGGGCGGAGCCGCCGCGCUGCCCACGGAGCCCGGGAACCCCUGCUGCUCCGCGCAGAGACCUGGCCCGGGAGCUGGUUGGAAAUGCAGAGUCUCGGGCCGUCCUGGCCCCCGCCGCAGCAGAAGAGCAGAACUCCCUGAGGUGGGUUGGAGUAUUAUCAUUUUUCAGAUGAGGAAGCAGACUGGAGUAAGCAGUGGGAAUUGGGAUCUUUCUCAUUCUCUUCAGGAGACUUACCAUUCCCAUGGCAAAAUGGUAUGGGUACUGUGUUUCAUCCAGAUUGAUGUAUCCGGCGACAUUUUUGACCUCUUCACCCUUGAACACCUCACAAGCUUCUGA